CCCACUUUCAACUUUCCAAACCUCUGUUUUUGUUCGAACUUUCCUCUGUUUUUCCCCCCUCGUGACCCACAAAAAUGGCAUCACCAACCUCCCAACGAACCAAUAAAUUCACCACUCUCCGCCUCAGAUUCCUGAUGAUCAUGUUGCUCUGCCACACACCACACGAAUCCAAGCUCUUCUCCGCCAACCAAAACCACCAAAAGAUCUUCUCACCGCCACCACCGCCGCAGCAGCAGCAGCAAGACAGCAAUCCUCACGCCGCCUUCGACACACUAGACCUCGACGGCCACUUCAGCUUCCAAAACACUGCACACGCUUCUCGGGACUUCGGCAACCGGUUCUUCUUCCGGCCAGCAGCGGUCCUCCACCCGAAAUCGGUCUCCGACAUCGCAUCCACGGUGAAGCACGUCUACGAAAUGGGCCCGCUCUCGGGGCUCACCGUGGCCGCCAGAGGACACGGCCAUUCCCUGCAGGGCCAAUCGCAAGCUGACGGCGGGAUAGUUGUCAACAUGGAGUCCCUGACUCGACGGCCGAGUCAGGGGCAUCUUCGUGGUGGUGGUGGUGGUCGUUAUGUCGAUGUGUCGGGUGGAGAGCUGUGGAUCGAUGUCCUGAAGGAGACGCUCAAGCAGGGGCUGGCGCCGAAAUCGUGGACGGAUUACUUGCAUCUCACCGUCGGAGGGACGCUGUCGAACGGCGGGAUCAGCGGCCAGGCAUUCCGGCAUGGCCCCCAGAUCAACAACGUUCAACAAUUGGAGGUUGUCACAGGUAAAGGAGAGGUGGUUACCUGUUCUGAGAAGCAGAAUGCAGAGCUGUUCUUCAGUGUGCUUGGAGGGCUUGGACAGUUUGGGAUCAUAACUCGAGCAAGAAUCUCUCUUGAAGCAGCACCCGACAUGGUGAGAUGGAUUCGAGUUCUGUACUCGGAUUUCUCCAAGUUUUCCACUGACCAAGAGCAUCUGAUAUCCCUUGACGAAUCCUUCGACUACAUCGAAGGAUUCGUGAUUAUAAACCGAACUGGCCUCCUCAACAACUGGAGAUCCUCCUUCCAUCCCAAGGACCCAGUUCAAGCCAGCCAAUUCGUUUCAGAUGGGAAAACCCUCUACUGUCUGGAAGUUGCCAAGUACUACAAUUCACACCAUGACGACGCUGAAACUGUCGACAUGCAAAUCCAAGGACUAUUGUCAAAGCUGCACUUCAUUACCUCCACCCUUUUUGUCUCUGAAGUUUCCUACCUCGGGUUUCUGGACAGGGUCCACGUCGCCGAGAUGAAACUCAGAGAACAGGGUUUAUGGGAAGUUCCACAUCCAUGGCUAUGCCUUUUCAUUCCAGGAAGCAAGAUGGAUCAGUUUGCAAGUCAGGUUUUUGGCAGCAUUGUCACAGACAGUAGCAAUGGUCCAAUCCUCAUUUAUGCACUCAACCAGUCCAAGUGGAACAACAAUAUCAAGAGAACAUCAUUGGUCACUCCAAGAGAAGAUGUUAUUUACCAUGUCUCGUUCUUGGCAUCGGCAGUGCCAUCUUCCACUGGGAAAGACGGGCUGGACUACAUUUUAGCACGAAACCAACGAAUACUAGACUUCAGUUUGGGUGCCGGUAUAGGGUUGAAGCAAUACUUGCCUCAUUACACCACCCAAGAAGACUGGAAGGGUCACUUUGGGUCCAAAUGGGAAGUUUUUCUAAAGAGGAAAUUGACUUAUGAUCCUUUGGCUGUCCUAGCACCUGGACACAGAAUCUUUAAGAGGCAAUACCAAAUCCGAAAGCAAAGCAUCACUGAGGGGCUCUUGAAGAAUACAUGAAGCCAUAGUUACCUAAAAGCUAGUUUGUAAAUGAUUACAGGCCAAGUCCUAUAAUAGUAGGUUUGAUUCCACAGAGUUCAUUAUUAGGACAUAACAGUGGGAAUAACCGAAAACAAGACCGAUUUCGCUAGUUAACCUGAUCAUGUUUAACAAAAGGGGCCAUUUAGAGAAGAUAUUGUAGUAUUAGCUUCACUAAAAAGUGAGGUUGAAUUCGGGUAUAGCAAAGAGUAUUGAAGCUGAUUCCAAGUACAUUACUUUAUUUCUUCCACCAGACAAGCCUCACUGAAUAGCUUGUACCACAAGAUAACCAGAUAUCCCCACAUGCCACAAAGUCCCAAAAGGAAGAAACAGAGAACUAACUCAUCGAAAACUCACAGAUAAGGGCUGAACAGAAGACGGGUUUUGUUCUUCAGCUGCAUCUGUCCAUCCAAGACCCGGCCUUCGUUGUUGUUCUGCCUGUGGCGCUUCGUAGUCCUUAGCAUUAAGGAUCAUCUCCUCGAAGUCGGUCGAGUCACUAGCAACAGGGAGAACACUGCCUAUAUCAUCUCUAGCCCCAAAGCCUCCAGCUCGCAAGACAUCGUCACUCGAUAUAGCAGCUUCCAUGUUUACAUCCCCAGAAGACUUGUAUUCAUUACUUUCAAUGGAAGCUGAACCUUCCUCCACACCAUGCCUGUGAACAUUUGGUCCCGUCUUCUCGUCGAUAACAUCCACCUCAGGAAAAGGUUCAGGCGACUUCUUUUCCAUAAUGGGCAAAUUCAAACUCCUAAUGACUCAAUCAAGUUACGCCCCUUCAGCUACGAACUCCAGUCUACGAAUUGAUGAAUUCUAAGCUUGGAGAAAUUGGGAAACACUCCAUUAGAUGAUCUCCAGAGUUCAUAGUUACGAACCUCGGAGUUGAAUACAAUGAGCAGAAGCGAAAGGUAAAAAAAAACACAUACCGGAAACGAGUCGAUUCCUGCCUGACUAUCGCUGCACGCCGGCUGUCUUUCAGAUUGCAUUGAGGGCAAAUUUUAGCUCUACUCUGGGCUCGACGCCGCCACCAU